GCCUCCUUCUAAAACCUGCAGAUUCCUCCAGCCCGUCCAAGCGCCUGAAGUUUCCUCAGCCCUGCUGCCGGGACUGCGAGGGUUUGCCGAAAGAUGAGGGCCUGGAUUUUUUUCCUUCUCUGCCUGGCAGGCAAAGCCCUGGCAGCUCCGCAGGAGGCUCUGCCUGAUGAGACGGAGGUCAUCGAAGAUCCCACCACAGAGGAGCCCGUGGGGGCUAACCCCGUCCAGGUGGAGGUGGGAGAGUUCGAGGAACCCACGGAGGAUGUAGAGGAGAUUGUCGCAGAGAACCCCUGCCAGAACCACCACUGCAAGCACGGCAAGGUGUGCGAGGUGGAUGACAACAACUCGCCCAUGUGUGUGUGCCAGGACCCCUCCAGCUGCCCAGCCACCACCGGCAUCUUCGAGAAGGUCUGCGGCACUGACAACAAGACCUACGACUCCUCCUGCCAUUUCUUUGCCACCAAGUGCACCUUGGAGGGAACCAAGAAGGGACACAAGCUGCACCUGGACUACAUUGGGCCUUGCAAGUUCAUCCCCGCCUGCCUGGACACAGAGCUGACCGAGUUCCCCCUGCGCAUGCGGGACUGGCUCAAGAACGUGCUGAUCACCCUGUACGAGCGCGACGAGGACAACAACCUGCUGACCGAGAAGCAGAAGCUCAAGGUGAAGAAGAUCCACGAGAACGAGAAGCGCCUGGAGGCUGGUGACCACACCGUGGAGCUGCUGGCCCGCGACUUUGAGAAGAACUACAACAUGUACAUCUUCCCCGUGCACUGGCAGUUCGGGCAGCUGGACCAGCACCCCAUUGAUGGGUACCUGUCCCACACCGAGCUGGCCCCCCUCCGUGCCCCCCUCAUCCCCAUGGAGCACUGCACCACCCGCUUCUUCGAGGCUUGCGACCUGGACAACGACAAGUACAUCGCCCUGGAGGAGUGGGCCAGCUGCUUUGGCAUUAAGGAGCAGGACAUAGACAAGGAUCUUGUGAUCUAAACCCCCAGCUUCCUUCUCUGCUGCCAACUUUGUCUUGUUUUAACCUUCCUACUUCCUUUGGUUUUUA